CAGCAGCCCAAGGAUGGAGGCAGAGUUGUGCGUCUAGAUUUCAAUCUAUCCGAAGAGAUGGCGUCCAGUUCCCCAUGAAUAAGCAAAAAAGAAAAAAGAAACGAAAAAAGACAGAGAAGGGGCGAUGGCUGCAGGGGGAAGAUGUGGGGAAACCGUGGAUCAUUACCGGGCAGAGGUGGAGCGGCUUACACGAGAGCUUGCGGAGGCGAACCAGGAGAAAAUCCGAGCGGCAGAAUGUGGUCUUGUGGUGCUGGAGGAGAACCAGGCUUUAAAGCAGCAAUACGCAGAUUUGGAGUCGGAGCAGGAGGCGCUGAAGCAGGAGCUGGAGCAGUUACAAGAGGCCUUUGGACAGGCAUACUCCACCCAGCGCAAGGUAGCGGAGGAUGGGGAGCUCAAUGAGGAAACACUGCUGCAGGAGUCGGCGUCCAAGGAGGCGUACUACGUGACCCGUUUGUUGGAGGUGCAGACGGAGCUUAAGCAGAGCCGGGCAAGCGCAUCCAACGCACUGGCGGAGAGCGAGCGGCUCAACGGCCUACUGCAGGAGUUCAGAGAGAGUAACGAAAUCCUGGAGCUGCAGCAAAGCCGGAUGAAGGACGAGAUCCGGGAGUACAAAUUCCGGGAGGCCCGCCUGCUGCAGGACUACAGCGAGCUAGAGGAGGAGAACAUCAUGCUGCAGAAGCUGGUGUCCACGCUGAAGCAGAACCAGGUGGAAUUCGAGGGCCUGAAGCACGAGAUGAAGGUUCUAGAGGAGGAGGCAGAGCUGCUGCACAGGCAGCUGGAAGAGGCCGUGCGGCUGAGGGAGAUCUCGGAGGCGCAGCUGGAGGAGGCGCUGGACACGCUGAAGAACGAGCGCGAGCAGAAGAACAGCCUCCGGAAAGAGCUGGCGCACUACAGCAGCCUGAGCGAGGGCGUGUACGGCACGGGUCCCCACCUGGCUCUCGCCGACGCCGAGGACACCAGCAGGUGCAACGGGCACCCCCGCGGGAUCAGCAGGGACUGCAGGUCUGCCGCCCGCAAGGGGGAGACCCUCAAUCCCGUGUCGGACCUCUUCAGCGAGCUGAACCUCUCAGAGAUGCAGAAACUGAAGCAGCAACUCCAGCAGGUGGAGCGGGAAAAGGCCCUUCUGCUGACGAACCUGCAGGAGUCACAGACGCAGCUGCAGCACACGCAGGGCGCCCUGACAGAGCAGCAUGCCCGCGCGCACCGCCUCGCCGAGCGCAUAAGCGUCAUGCGGCGCUCGCACUGCGAUAAGGAGGCGCGCAUGGAGCUGGAGGAGGAGCCCGAGAAAGAUGACACCGCUGCCGAGAAGAGUGCCCGCAACUUUGAGGUGCUGGAGUGCAAGUACAAGGUGGCUGUGACGGAGGUGAUUGGCCUGAAGGCGGAGCUGAAGGGCCUGGAGGAGAUGCACGGGCGGUACAGGGAGGGUCAGGCGGAGGAGCGGGCACGUGAAGAAGCCCGGCUGUGCGCCCUGGGUGAGCAGGUAGGCCGGCUGCAGAACAGCUACCACGACAGCUGCGAGCGUAUCACCAGCCUGGAGGGGGAGCUGCGGAGCACCACAGUGGUCGCCGCUGAGAGCCAAGCCCUCCUUAACGCUGCCCAGGACGAGCUGGUGACCUUCAGCGAGGAGCUGGCGCAGCUCUACCACCACGUCUGCUUGUGCAACAACGAGACGCCCAACCGCGUCAUGCUCGACUACUACCGGCAGGGCCGGGCCGCCCGCAGCGGCAGCCUCAAAGGUCCUGAGGACCCGCGGGCGUUGCUGUCACCCCGUCUGGCACGCCGCCUGGCUGCCAUGUCCUCGGGAGAAUUGCGCAGCCCCAGCGACUCACCGUCCAAGGAGCCUGCGAGGGACCCGCAGCAGGGUAGCCCGUCCCGCAGCCUCGCCGCCGUCGGCCCCUCCUCCGCGGCAGAGCCCGGCCUCGACCUGCGCCGGGAGCCCAUGAACGUGUACAACCUGAAUGCCAUUAUCCGUGACCAAAUGAAGCACUUGCAGCGUGCUGUCGACCGCUCCCUUCAGCUGUCCCGGCAGCGCGCCGCCGCCCAGGAGCUUGCGCUCGGCUUUGACAAGGAUAGAGAGGCUUGCAUGGAGGAGAUCCUCAAGCUCAAGUCGCUGCUGAGUACCAAGCGGGAGCAGAUUGCCACACUCCGGCUCGUCCUCAAGGCCAACAAGCAGACGGCAGAGGUAGCGCUGUCCAACCUGAAGAGCAAGUAUGAGAACGAGAAGGCCAUGGUGAGGGAGACGAUGACAAAGCUGCGGAACGAGCUGAAGGCCCUGAAGGAGGAUGCCGCCACCUUCUCCUCUCUGAGGGCCAUGUUCGCCACCAGGUGCGACGAGUACGUGACGCAGCUGGACGAGAUGCAGAGGCAGCUGGCGGCCGCCGAGGACGAGAAGAAGACGCUGAACUCGCUGCUGCGCAUGGCCAUCCAGCAGAAGCUGGCGCUGACGCAGCGGCUGGAGGACCUGGAGUUCGACCACGAGCAGACGCACCGCGGCCGCGCCAGCAAGGUGGCUAAGAUCAAGGGCAGCACCCCCAAAUUUCUCCUAGAUUGUCAGCAGCCUGCUGCCUCACUGUCGCCACGCUCCUCACACUUAAGGCGAGGGAGAAACCUACACGUUCGCAGUCCUAGGGUUGUGGUAACUCUCCAGGAAGACUUGGCGUACCUCUCCAGCAGCAGCAGCAGCAGCAGUCACGGCAGCUCCCCCUGUGUCCCCCUCAGCUGCCUGGCUCAUCCGUUGUCCCACCCCCGGCCUGUAGGCGCCAGUCCUCAGCCGGCAGAUCACCCAUAGUACAGAGGCACCAGAUCUUCCUGGACCUGGUCUCCGCCCACCUCCAUAACUGUCAGCAAAGCAUCCUGCAAGCCCCACCUCCUGUGAUCGGGGGUGUGGCUAGGAUUCUCUGACCAAGGUGCUUAGGGCAGGGAAAUGGUUACGCGCACGCGCGCACACACAUAUGUACACACAGACACACACACACACACACACACACACACUACAGGCUGGCUGGUUUAGGGAAAAGGGCGUGGGGAUUCCAAGCAAUGACUGUUUUUUUAUCACCUAGAAAUGUAUCCGUAAUUUAUGAACUUUUUUUAAAAAAGUCAUCACUUCUUAAACAACGAUGUGGCCGAGUCAGAACAACAGUUAAGAAACAAUAAUAGAAUGAAAUAUAAUCAUUUCCAUUUUCUCCUACUUGUCACUAUGGGAUUCCUCUCUUUAGCCGGUAUUGAAUUUUGAUAAAUCGUCACUCAAAUUUCCCAUAAAGCUUCAGGCAUUUCCUGAACCAUAAAAAGCUGACCUAUAUAGUAUGUGACCUAACAGUCAUUGUUUACUUUUCAUUUUUGAAAUCCUCUGUUGGUGACUAUAUUUUGGCAUAGCGUACGAUGAAUAGAUGCUUACAGGGCGAUCGGUGGGAUCAUGUGGAUCUGAUCUCGUUCUGAUCCCGAGGACGCGCGCCGCAGGAAAACCUCCACGCGACGAGCUGCAGAUACAGUGCAUGUGCACUAACACAUAAAGUAUGUUUUUAUUUUUUUAUGAAUUUAUGUAUCUAUUUAUUUAUUACCAUUAAGAAAAAUAUAAAAGCCUGUCUCUCGUAAGUGGUAAAGUCUGAUCCACUGAUAGCAUAAAAAGUGUUGGGGUCCAACGGAAAUGGCUACAUCAAAAUCACUCACUUUACCCGUGUUGUUAUGGGAUCGGCACGUUGCUUUAAUUUGGCUGUCGCGGGUGCCACGUCCUAAGCUUCCGACCCCAACUAUACCCGUCUCCUACUUUUCACACAUGGUGUCUGUGAAGGUUUUACCACCAAACCCUCUAUGGAAAACAAUUAGUGUUACGAGCAAGAUUUAUAUAUUUAGCGGCACCUUUCAUAUACCCAACCGAAGCACAAACACUGAUCAAUCUGUCGCAGUAAUGGGAUUUAAUUUUUAACUGCAUUAUCUAAAGUUAAUGGGACUCGCUCACUGUAUACCUAUCAUACCUUCAAAACCAGCAGGUCUGAAGUCUUUCAAGAAAAAAGUGCAUUGAGUUGGUGAAAGUGGCCUUUUUCCAGUAGGAAUAUAUAAAUUACGUAUCUUAGUGUUUUGAAACCUGGAAAUCGUUUGCCUUACUAAAGUGUUACAGUAGUAUAACAAUAGAGACAUAUUCCAGAGCAGAUAAACUGGGCUGAGUAUCUGUAUUACAUUUCCCGAAGCCAUAUUUAAAAACCAAAGAUUAUGCAUUUUAUAUAUUGAUAAGUCAUCCUUCAUUUUAUGAGUUGUAACCCACAUGAUCAACUUAAACAUCCAGACCUAAAAACAUCGAGUGGUUUGAUCUUUCCGUGGUAAAAUCACAGAAGAACAGAAGAGUGACGGACAACUAAACAGAACAGAAGCAAAAGGAAAUACAUUUUUGUGCAGAAAUUCUUUGAUUAGGAAUCCUGGUUCCACGUGUACUGUACCAGACAUAAAAUUUUAAACACCCUAUUUUAUUUUAAUGUUAUUGUUAUUUAUCUUUUUAUUUAAUCUGGCAGACAUUAUCCUGUAUCUGUUCUGAGGUUUACCCCAGAUUAACAACACGCCGGCGGUAUGCUGGACCCAUUGGGUAUUAUAAUAUGAGAUUACUCUGCUAGGGAGAGUCAUUUCGCUAUAAUGGAGAUGUGGUGGAUGUAUGCAGUGUUGAAGUUCUUCUCAGGUGGCGCUGUAUGCUAUCAAAAUGUUUUCUAACAGUAUCGACGCAAUGGAAGCUGGUAAAAUCCUUUGUCAUUAUUUUCUGCAUACAUAUAAUUUGAACCGUCGGAGUUUAGGAUCGUCUCAGAGUCACAACGCUUUUUGAAAUGGCCCCGUUGAGUGUAAAAAUAUUUUUUUUCUCGCAGUUUACUCUGUGCAGUAACCUUCAAGGCUGCCAAUUAAACGCAGAGCCUCAAUACAGUCAAACAGAUGGCAAUAUGUUCUACUGGAUUUUAUUACUCGUAUUUCUUAUUAAAUUUAAGACCUGUAAUGCUACCAGUUUCAAUUAAAAAAAAUACAAAAUAAAAAACUAUCCCUGAACUGUUGA